AUGUCGAGGCCGUCGAUCUUGAUGCUACCAGAAUCCAGCUCGACAAAUCUGAAGAAACUUGUCACUAUAGUCGACUUGCCGGCACCGGUACGACCAACAACACCAAUCUUCUCAGCAGAGUUCACCUUGAAAGAGACAUCGUCAAUGACCCGUGGCAGACCGGGAGCGUAUUUGAUGCUGAUCUUGGAAACGUCGAUUUCUCCCUUAGAUGGCCAUGAGUUAACAGGAUCUUGA